CUUAUUCCUAUUCUCAAAUUCAUAAAAGGGCAGCGCUAGAAUCUAUAAACCUGCCGUUCGAAAAAUAGUUCGUCAGGGUGAUGUAUCUGUAUCUACCGUGUUGCAAAUAUCUCAACGCUUCGACAAUAUAUACUUCACAAACGCCAUUUACAGUAAUUACAUAUCAAUCGAGCUAGCAACGAUAAUUGCGACUCCGAAUCCCCAAUCAGCAUCUCUUGUAUAGACAGUCACUUCGUGGUCGUUGUCGCAAUCGUUACCCCGCACCCUGAAUUUAUAUUGAUUUUACCCCACCAAAGCCAUCCUCAAACAUGUCUUCAGCUACCUUCAAGCCCGUCGCAAAGUCGCCAACAGAUCUUGAUGAGAUCCUCCGCAUCGAAGAAUCCCUCGUCGUCCCCCACUUCACCACCAGCGAUGCCUUCGACCUCGGCCUCCUUCUCCAAACACGCCUCGCCGACGCCUCCAAACCAGCUUUAAUCAGCAUCGUCGCGCCCAGCGGACUCGCUGCCCCCUUAUCCCCAACAAGAACUCUCUUCCAAUGCUCGGCUAGGGCAGGCGUGUCGCCCGACAACGAGGUCUGGGUCGCGCGCAAGGCACAGACCGUCUUCCGCUUCGGCGUGUCCAGCUGGUAUAUGGGCCAGAAGUUGAAGGGCGAUGAGAAGCUUUUCGCUGCCAAGUUUGGCUUGAGCCCAACCGAUGCGUCUAAGUACGCUAUUCACGGUGGUGCUGUCCCUGUGAGAGUGAAGGGCGUGGAGGCCCCGGUGGCUGUGGUUAUUGUGAGCGGCCUGUCUCAGGACGAGGAUAACGGUGUGGUCGUGGAAGUUCUACAGGAGUGGAUUAAGACCGCAUAAGAUAGGGUGUUACAUGUAAAUAGCGAACGAGAUAGCAUUUUAUCCCUAGAGUAAGCCUGAAGAUGCACUGCUCAAUUAAAACGGCACACAUAUGCAACGGAG